GAAAAGUGACAUUUUCAUGAAUGAAGUGUAGUGCGCACUUAAAAAUUAUUAUUGAAUUAUCGCAACGGGACAGCAAAGUUCUUACGUAUUUUUUGGUUAGUUUCCUGUGGCUAAUCGGCUUGACGAUUCACUUUGUGUUGCCUUAUCCGGAAAGUGCUUGUUUGUUGCGUAGUGCAGACAGCAGCCGCAGCCCGCCGAUCAAAGGAGUACAGAGCAGAGCCAAGCGCAUAGAAUAACACAGCACGGGGGCAACAUCGUCGAUCGAGGAACCAGCCACAGUCAGCGCGUUUUUCGUUGAUUCUUGUGUGUUUAGUUUUUAUUUUCUCUUUCGUUUGAGUUUUCCCCCUUUCAAUUUCGGGGUUGUCGGACGACGGAUUCCGGCUGGCACUUUGAGAGCACUUUGAGAGAUCGUGAACCACACACAGAAUAGACCCAACGAUGGCGUCCAGUCCGCGAGCCGGUGGCGGUGCCCAGCGUCCCAAUGGUACCGCACAGAACAAGAUCUGCCAGUUCAAGCUGGUCUUGCUGGGUGAGUCGGCCGUAGGCAAAUCAUCGCUGGUGUUACGCUUUGUCAAAGGUCAGUUCCACGAGUAUCAGGAGAGUACGAUCGGGGCGGCCUUCCUCACGCAAACAGUCUGCAUCGACGAUACGACGGUGAAGUUCGAGAUCUGGGACACUGCGGGACAGGAAAGGUACCACAGUCUCGCUCCAAUGUAUUAUCGAGGUGCUCAGGCGGCUAUCGUGGUGUACGAUAUUCAAAAUCAGGAUAGCUUCGCACGUGCUAAAACGUGGGUUAAGGAGCUGCAGCGACAGGCAUCGCCAAAUAUUGUGAUUGCGCUAGCCGGCAACAAGGCCGAUCUCGCCAAUAGUCGCGUGGUCGACUACGAGGAGGCCAAGCAAUACGCGGACGAAAACGGACUACUGUUUAUGGAGACCUCGGCCAAAACCGCCGUUAACGUUAAUGACAUCUUUCUUGCAAUAGCUAAAAAAUUGCCUAAGAACGAAGGCACUGGACCUCAGCAAAAUAUAAGACCUACCCAGAACGAACAGAGCCGACAGAAUAGCGGCUGCUGCAGCAAGUGAUGUUAUUCAGCUGCAAUCGUAUUGUUAAUUGUAACAAAUAACAACAAGGAAUGUUUAAGAAAAAUUGUCGUUACGAUUGUAGUAGGAAGUAAGAAGGAUUCCAACCUAGUUAUGAUAUAAACCAAGAACAACAGUAAGAAAAAAACACACACACAUUAACGAUCUAUUCCGACCCUCAAUACACAUAUAUACAGACAUACACACCUAAACAUUCACCAAUUUGGAACUUGAACCAAUAUGAAAACUGACUAGAAAAAAGCUUGGAGCCGCAAUAGUUAGCAGUUAUUGCGCGAAAGAAACAAAAAAGGAACUCAUACAAACACAUUAGGGCACACCAAAACCGAAGUAACAUUCAAAUUUUCUUCAGCGAUAAGGAAAAAAUAAGAUACGAGACCGUUUGUUAGUUUAAUUAAAAAAAGAAGAAGAAUGGAACACAGACACACAGCUUAAAGUUGAUAAACCUUACUUUACCAACAUACCACAAUUAUACAGAAAAUAGUGCAUCCCAAUUUAAUGAUUGAAUAAUAGUACCGAGAAAAAGAAGAAGAAAAAAAAACAAUCCCUCAGCUAAAGAAAUACAACUCAACUAAAUUCAGUAGUAGAUUAUUUGUUUUAAGCCCUGCACAUAUUUUUCAGGUAACCCCUUAUUUCAAUCCCCUCUCCUUUCUUGGCUUAUUUGUUAAUUUUUAUUCUGCUUCCCACUGAUCAGUCUUCGUGGAAAUAUAUUUAUUGCUGAACUAAAAACCUAAAAAUAAUAUAAAGGAGUAUAUUUAAAUGAAAGUAAAACAAUCCCGUAAUAAAACACAUGUGCCGCAGCCUGUGCGCGGUGUAAAAUUCAAAAUCUAACUCACACAUGUGUGCAUGUGAGGAUGCACACGAACACGCGGGCAUACACCUACACACACAUACACGUAAAUAAAAUUUAUGGUAAAUGCAUGUAGAUUUAACAAAAGAAGAGUCUUUUUUCCUUGUUAUGAUUGUUUAUUUCCCUUCCCAUUUCUUCCUUAACCUCUAGAACAGUUUUUAUUUUAUGAAUAUUUGUACGAUAAAAGUAACUAAGGGAUAUAAACGAAAAAAAAAUGUAUAAAACAAUUAAACACAGAGUAGUGGUUAAAUGAAACAAAACAACGCGAAGGAAUCUUGAUUCAAAUGGGAAAGCGAGAGGGAAAGAGAGAAAACAGUGCUACUUUAUUAGUUCAUACUGCUGUGGCGUAGAAUGAUGGCCAACAAAAAAAAAAUAGGUACUGCACGCAUUUACACACCACAUUUAUGUACGUCCCUUUUCCAAUCUCCCCUACGAGGGACUCAGAUCGAAUCAAAACAGAGAAAGGAACCCCAAUCAUAGGUUAUGCGCGUUACAAUUUCUUAUCUUCUCCGGAAUCGAACAAAUGUUGGUCACACACGCGUAAUAAAUACACAUACACAAACACACACACGCGCGAGUUGAUAGGUGAUUAUUUUGUCCUACUCAAGUUGUGAUUCGGUAAUCCGAAAAGGAUAGAUGGAAAAUAUGAUCAAAUAUUUAAUGUUAAAAUUUUACGUUUCUAUUUUGUUUUUCUUUUCUCGAAAGUUGUCCCAAAAAAAAACUAUUCGAAGCAAGCUUUCAGCAGCAGCUGCCAGUCAUUCGGUGAUGGCCGCAUGUGGGGGCAUGUGAAGCCGCGGGGUCGCGUUCCCAGGGCUUUCUUGUUACGUAACAAAAAGCAGUAGUGAUUCAAUUGAUAAAAAAAAUAAACAGAAACAGAUUAAACUUAACAAAACUUCAAUAGAGGAAGGCAUCAUUGCUGGAAUAACGAGUAAAGAAAAAGUUUAAAAUAAACUGACAUUCCUUUUUUUGUAAACGAAUUGUAAUUCGCGAAGUGUUCUGUGGAAGGCGGGAUAUGGAGGAAAAACAAACGCGAUACAACACAAUGAUAAAAGUUUUGUGGAAUAAAAAGCCCGAAAAAUUUGGAAUGAGAUUGAGGACGUUAUGAAGAAGAAAAAAUUUAAAUACGAACGCAAAAAAGUGGUAAAUGAAAACUUGUAAAGUCCAAAAUGA